CACAUUAUUUAACACAAAUGGCGACUCACGGCAAGACACGCUGCUUUUAAUAACCCGCAUUCGCUGGUCAAUAAUUCCAGUGUAUAAAAUAUAACCAUAAAUUAGAGUAAUUGUUAUAAAUAAAGAACAGCUCGCUCCAGAGAUCAAUUGCAUAAGGUUGAUCUUUCGUGUUGAUAGAUAAGCUUUAUUUAUUAUCUUAUUUUUAAUCUUAAAUAAAAUUACGAUGGGUAACGUCGCGGCAGCUUCAGCACCUCCUCCACCGCCAAUCUCGGUCCUCGCACCACCCGAAAUUCCUAAGGAUUCCCUAAGUUCCGUAAGUGUUUCCGAAGAUGACCAAAAAUUACAAAACCCCGGUACUGUUGAAGAACUUCACAAACUUUGCAAAGAUGUGAUGCCGGUUAACUUUGAAGGUGCUAAGCUGAUGAUCAGCAAAACACUUAGUAAUCACUUCCAAGUAUCACACACGUUAUCUAUGAGUUCUGUCGUCAAGUCUGGAUACAAAUUUGGAGCAACGUAUGUUGGUACAAGCCAAAUUUCACCAACAGAAGCUUACCCAGUAAUCCUAGGUGACAUUGAACCCAGUGGAAAUAUGAAUGCUAAUUUGGUGCAUCAAUUUAACCAGCAUAUAAAAACAAAAGUCGCUACCCAAAUACAAAGAAGUAAAUUCACAGCUAUGCAAAUGACAACGGAUUAUCGCGGCGAUACGUUCACAUCAUCACUCACAGUUGCUAAUCCUGAUAUUCUCAACGGCUCUGGAGUCAUGGUUGCUCAUUAUUUACAAAACGUAACACCCAAGCUCGCUCUUGGUGGUGAGCUAGCUUACCAACGUGGCUACGGUAUACCUGGUGGUUCCAUUACUGUUGGUUCUCUGGUUGGUCGGUACUCUAUCGCCGAGUCUACUGUUAGUGCCAGUGUUGGAUUAGCUAGUUGUCAUUUAUGUUAUCAUCAUCGUGCCAGUCCGACAUUACAAAUAGGUGUUGAAUUAGAAGUUAAUGGAAGAAUACAGGAAUCAACAGCAACUAUUGCGUAUCAAGUUGACUUACCAAAGGCGGAUAUUGUUUUUAAAGGGAGUGUUGAUUCAAACUGGACAGUUGGUGCAGUACUUGAGAAAAAGUUACAACCAUUACCUUUUUCAUUUGCACUGAGUGGUCUUCUAAAUCACACCAAAGGGCAUUUCCAACUAGGAUGCGGUCUGGUCAUUGGUUAAACAUUAAUAAACAACAA